UUCUGUCCCGGGUUUACACGUCGAAGUUUGUGUUUAAGAUAUUGACGCGUGACGUUGAGGAAGGCUCGAACGUCCGCUGAUCAUCACAAGAGAGAAAGCAAAUUGAAGACACUUGUCGAGACUACCGUUUGAAAAUUCUGACGAGACAUGAAUCCGAACUCGGCUGGUCGAAUUAGUGAACACAGAUUGUCCACUAAUCCCGUGAGAAUAUCCUUAUUCGACAGGGAGGACAAGAACUCGGCGUGGAACGAUCGGCGAAGGACGCAAACGAAGUCGAAGGGGCCCGGCGAGAAUUCUCACAUUCCCAGACCUCGUGUUCGGAGUUCCUCGAGCGAACGUGUAAGCGGCAGUAGGAUAUCGUAUUUAAAAGUUCCAGGUAGAACCCCGCUGCGUCAACCGACAACUCCGGCUACACCUGCUAGAGCCUCUAUCAAAGUUAAUUUGUCAAGUUCAGCAGCUCCAAGUUCAGGCAGACUUCAUGGAUUAGCAAUUGGUCGGUCGCCAUCCGCCGAGCGUGCCAAGGGUGUCAAGAAGGACACGAGACCCUUGACAGACAAGUCCUAUCAGGCCAUGUUGCUUGUCAAGAUAGACGAUUACUUCCAUGUAAAUCAGCAAUCUUCCAUGCUGAACGGCAAUGGCAGUUUGAAACCGAUCACGUUGAAAAUGUUCGUGGAGGUUUCCAAUUAUCUCGUGGAAUUCUUCGAGAUCAAGUCUGAACUCACGGUCAUGAACUACGUCGAGCAGUUACCACAAAUCGCGAAGAAGCUGCAUUAUCCUGGUGUGAUGACCAAGUCGUGGCUGAAAACUGCCAAUACGAUGCAUUCGUGGCCUUACGUCCUUGGCUGGAUCGGCUGGUUGACAGAAGUGUGCCAAGUGCAAGCACUCGCUUCCACCAUGUAUCAGAUAGAGACUCUGCCCUUUGUGGGAACGGAACAACAGGCGCACAACAGCAGGAUAGAGCUUCUGACACUGUUGGAGUCCUAUCAGGCGUGGAACGAGGAAAAACUCGACAGGGAGAAUGAAUUGUUGGACAAAUAUCUGCGAGACAUCGAGAUCCAAUGGGGCGUCAGCGAGGAAGACGUCACUCUAGCCCGCAGAGAACUGGAAGAAGAGACUAGAAAGUUCCAAGCGAUGGAGGAAGAGUCGAGGAAGGUUGACGAGGAGGUGGAUCAUUUGCAGACGAUACUGUUCUCUUUGCAGGCCAAGGAAUCGAAACAAGUAAAUGAUGUUAUGACAAAGGAAGAAUAUAUAAAGAGGAUUACUGCUGAGACGGGCAAAUUGAGUGCUGAGCACAAGACUUUGAACGAACAGAUAUUGCAGGCGGAGGAGCAGCACAAAGAAUUGGUCUCGAUCGUGAGGGACCAACCUAUAUCUAAGGCCGAGAAAGAGACGAUUCUGAAGAAGUGCACAGAGUUACAGAAUUACAUACACGACUUCGACGAGCAUCUCAGGGAUUACCAGAAAGAGCUAUAUACUUUAGACAUCAAAUUAGCGUCCAUUAGUAACAAUCUCAAUAAAACCGUGCUGGCGUACAACAAAGAGAUCUUUAUGUACAUCGAUAACGACGUCGGCUUGGACUUCAACGAAUUGAAAUUGCCAGAGGAAGGAUUGCUGAAUCCGGACAUAAUAGAGGUAUUGGAAGAGAAGAUUACCUUGAUGAGGUCCUUCAAAGAAUCGCUGAAUAAGCAGUGCAGUAACACGAUAGCGCUGAUUCUCUCGGACACUGUGAAACUGGAGAAUAUACAAGAGGAGAUCAAUUCCCUGCCGGACGACGUGAAGUUACGCGAGGAGAAAUCCCAUCGCAUCGACAAGAUGAAGACGGAGAUAAAAAAGGAGAAGGCCAAAUUGAUGGAGCAGAUAGAGAGAGAGAGAGACGAGAUAAAAGAAAUUGAGGAUACGACGCCGGAUAUACAAACGGUGCAACUCGAGAUAGAGGAAGCGAACGACAAAUUGGAGGCGAUUAUUCGAAGGAUGAAGUUCCUCGAGCAAUCCGGGAAACGAUUCUUCGACCAAUUGUAUCAGGUUCUCGGUGAGCACAGAAACGAGCUUUAUAGUCUGUUAACAAGAAACGAAAAAAAUUAAAAAGGAUAUAGCAUUGCGUUUCCGUAUUAUAAGAUUUUAUCAUUAUUAUCAUAAAAAUAUACGCGUCGCGCGUAAUACGCAUUUAAUGUAUAA